ACUCUCUCCCAAAUGAGUGUGAUAUUUGAAUUUGGUGCAAAAUAACAAUCACACUCAUAACCCUCGACAAAAGCACUCACAUAUUCACAUACUCACUCAAACGCGCAACGGGAAAAGACGAAGACGCCGCGUGACGCGCACGAAACACAGAAAGCAGAAAAAGAAGCAACAGCGAAAGGGCCACACUGAUAAAACGCUAAACUAAACAAAUUGUUUGCUUCAGGAAAGGAUUUUCCAUAUUCGUCGAUAGUUUCCCAGAUCGAUAAAUUAACAUCGAUAUAAACGUUUUUGCAUCACUGAAAUCUAUUGUACGGCCUGAGCGCGCGGCUUGUGUGUUGUCUGUGAACGUUUGUGCGUGUUCUGUGCUAUUUGUGUGUGCGUUUUACAUAAUCCAACAAAAUCAACCAACAUUUCCAAAGAGUAUAACAACAACGAUAGCAACAUUAGCCUGCUGAUCAGCGCCUAACGAGAGAGCCGAAGAGAGGAAAGAACAGAGUCAAAACAAAGUUGAUAAACUAACAACAAUUCCAACAGAAGCUACAGCAACAGCAACAGCAGCAACAGCAACAGAAACAACAACAACAAAAGCAACUGUCGCGUCACAUAUAAAACAAUAAUUGAAUAAUUGAAUACCAUAACAAAUAAUAAUAACGUACGAGUACAUAUUGUAUUGUAAAGUAAAGUAAAGUAAGCCCAGCAUAAAGCGAUAUCCACAUAAAGCGUAUCCAAGUACCAUAUAUAGUCGUUCUUAUAUAGCCACACUCAAAUUAAUUGCAGCUGUAUGCACGACUCCUUGCAAAAAGAAGGAUCAUAAAGAUAUAUUGAGUACAUGCAUAUAUGUGUAUGUAUAUGGUCCGGCGUCCAUCAACUGUCACUGUCACGAUUACGAUAGCCGAGAGCGGACUGAUCGAUUGAUCGAUCAAUAACGAUAACGAUAGCGAUAGCGAUAACGAUAGCCCUAGCUGUAACUCUGUAAACGAUAGCCUGAGCCCGCGCCUGCGCCUGCGCCCGCGCCUAUGCCCAUCGCUAACCCGCUGUGUGUGUGUGUGCAUGUGUCCCGGCAUCAGUAGAGCGCCCCAGGACCUCCUGCGACUGACUGGCUGCUGCUGCGACUCCCGCCACUACCGCCACCGCCACCGCCACGCCACCAUCGCCGCCGACUCCUCAUCAUCCCAGCCACCAAGCCACCAAGCCACCAGCCACCAUCGCUCACAUAGCCCAUCAUACUUUCAGAUGACAGUUGCGGAUCCCCCCAGACACAGAUAGAGAUACAGACACACAGACUAGGAUCGUUUGGUCGUUUGUUCGCUCGCCCGCUCGCUCGCUCGCUCUGUCGCUCGCACACACCUAAAGCCAAAACAGAAAUCCAACCAACAAAAAAAAAGCAAACAAAAAUCAACAACAACAACAACAACAACAACCAAGCCAAAAACUAAAUAAUACCAAGCUAAACUCAGACGCCUCAUUAUCAAACAUCGAAAGUUUGCGUUGUCGAAUCGAAUCGAAUCAAAUCAAAUCAAAUCAAAUUGAAUCAAAAGAGAAACAUAUACCAAAAGUACCAGUAGCAAAAACGCAUAAGCAGAACGUAAAAGUAAACGCAAAAGCAAACGCAAACGCAAUCAUCAGUCAAAGUCGAUAGCCCAAAAAGCAGUCAACAUUCAGUUAAAAAUGGCCGAAGACGGUACCAUGGAGACAUGUCCAAGUCCUGAGAUCGGCGAUUCGCGCAAAAGGCCGCUCGAUUCCGAUCCGGAAAAUGAACAAACUAAACGCUCACAUUUCAGUUCCGAUGGAGCUGCAACAGUCGCCGCUGAGUGAGAAUGGUUCACCGAAUGCGACGCCAGGUGCCAAUACGCCGCCCGACACGACGGGGGCGACGUCAGUCACAGCCUUAGCGACAGCCACAGCCACAGCCCUAGCACUGGGCUCGGUAUCGGUAUCAGCAUCGGCAUCAGUUGCUGCCACAGCAGCGGCAUCCACAUCCCAGCAGCAAGCAUUGCCACUGGGCAACUAUAAGACUGCCUCCUGUUGGUGCUACGGUGAGUCAGUUUGUUCUGGAAUUGAGGUUGAAAUUGAAAAUAAUAACAAUAAUCAUAUUCAUCAUGGCGAGACAACGUAUCACAUGAAAAUACUGGUGCCCGCGGUGGCCUCUGGGGCCAUCAUCGGCAAAGGAGGCGAGACGAUCGCCUCCCUGCAGAAGGACACGGGUGCUAGAGUAAAAAUGUCCAAGUCGCAUGACUUCUAUCCAGGCACCACUGAACGCGUCUGCCUGAUCACUGGAUCCACGGAGGCCAUCAUGGUCGUGCUGGACUUUAUCAUGGACAAAAUCCGCGAGAAGCCCGACCUGACCACAAAGAUCAUCGAUGCCGAGUCGAAACAGACCCAGGAGCGGGACAAGCAGGUCAAGAUCCUGGUGCCCAACUCCACAGCCGGCAUGAUCAUCGGCAAGGGCGGUGCCUUCAUCAAACAGAUCAAGGAGGACAGCGGCUCCUACGUUCAGAUCUCGCAGAAGCCCAAGGAUGUCUCGCUGCAGGAGCGCUGCAUCACCAUCAUUGGCGACAAGGAGAACAACAAGAACGCCUGCAAGAUGAUCCUCUCGAAGAUCGUCGAGGACCCGCAGUCGGGCACCUGCCUGAAUGUCUCCUACGCGGACGUCAGCGGGCCGGUGGCCAACUUCAAUCCGACCGGCUCCCCGUACGCCACCAAUCAGAAUGCCAUCAACUCGAGCACCGCAUCGCUCAACUCGACGCUGGGCACCUCCAUCGGUGGCGCCAACUCGGCGGCCAGUCUGCUAGUCAACGGCACCGGCAUCAACUUGUCCAUCAACCUGGGCGCCCCCAACCCGGCGCCCAACCUGGCGGUUGCCAACCAACUGCUCGAGCAUAUUAAGGUUGCCAUGCGCGGCUCUGGCUACUCGGAGACCGUCACCACUGAAGUCUGCAACGCCCUGGGCGUCCUGGCCAAGUACGGAGUCCUCGGCAUGGGCGUGGGCGUGCCCCACACCAACGGUGCUCACUCGACGCUGGGCAAUUUCCUGGGCGUGACGACGCUGGACCAGCAGACGGCGGCCGCCAAUGCGGCCAACGCCAGCAAUGUGUUUGGCGCUGUCGGCCAGGUGAAUCUGGAGCAGUAUGCCGCUGCAGCAGCGGCUGCCGCAGCCGCCAGCCGGCCGACACAGUCGCAGCUGGACGCCGCCGCGGUCCAAUUCGAUCCAUUCCGCCAUCUGGGCUCCGCCACGGCGCCGGCCACGCCCGUCUCGCUGAACAACAACAGCUUCGGGCUGACAGCCGCCACGGGAGCGGCGAACAGCGCCCAGCUGGGCGGCCUCAGCAAGAGCCCCACACCCGGGGACCUGAGUUCCAAGGACUCGAAGAACGUGGAGGUGCCCGAGAUGAUCAUCGGCGCAAUUCUAGGUCCGAACGGUCGUAGUUUAGUUGAGAUUCAACAUGUUUCUGGCGCAAAUGUGCAAAUUUCCAAAAAGGGCAUAUUCGCACCUGGCACUAGAAAUCGCAUUGUAACCAUUACUGGUCAGCCGAACGCCAUUGCCAAAGCGCAGUUUCUAAUUGAGCAGAAAAUCACCGAGGAGGAGACAAAGAGGGCGCGACAAAUUCCAUUAACCACUGUUGUGAAUUAAUAACCAAGUAAACCAAUCAAUCAAUCCCCCAAAACCAAUCAAGCAACCAACAAGCAACACACAACAUACAAAACACCACAGCAAAACAACAACAACAACAACAACACCACAGCAUACACCCUUCCCUACCCUGCCCUACCCUACACUACCUAUAGGCUAUAGCAAGUUUUUCCCUCUAAACAAAAAAUUGUUCAUUUUCUGUAAGAAGCAACACCAAAAAUGAGAAAAAAAGCAAACAAAAAAACGAAAUAACUAAAGAAAUAUUAACUUUAAACAAACGAUAAAGAAAAACAACAACAGAAACAACAACAACAAGAGAAAUAAGAGAAAGGAAACUACAGCAAUAGAAAAAAAACAAAAAAAAAAAACAAAACACCAAUUGUUAUGCGAAGUGCAAAGAAAAGUUAAACACUUAAUAAAUGUUAAUUAUGUAUUGCA